AUGGCCACGCCGGCCGGCGCCGCUACGGCGGCAGCUCCGGCUGCGGCCAACGGGGCCGCGGGCGCCCCCACCGACCCCGGUGCCACAACGGAGCCCAAGAAGGCCUGGUACAAACUUAAUGCCAAGACGUUGUCGACGAUACGCAACUUUUUUAAAAUCUUCCACUAUGGAACACUCCUGGACAAGUUCAUCAUCGUAGGGUCCAUCUUUGGUGCGAUUGGUGCCGGACUUACCAUGCCGGUGAUGAACAUUGUCUUUGGACAACUUGUCGGCACCUUUACUGGGUUCUUCAUGCAAGGUACAUCAGAGACGCAAGAAGACUUUGAGAAGGCAGUCAACCGGGGAGUAUUAUACAUUGUGUAUCUAUUCAUUGCCAGACUCAUCUUGACGUAUCUAUCCAACCUCGGCUUCCGCAUGACGAGUCUUCGUAUCUCAGCCAAGAUCCGCCUGCAUUAUCUGCGAUGCCUAUUCAACCUCCCAAUCUCAAUGCUGGACAUGCUAGCGCCCGGUCAGACAGCCGCCAUCAUCACCAUCACGGCCAGCAUCUUGCAGCUGGGUAUCUCCGAGAAGAUGGGACAGUUCUUCUCCAGUCUAUCGGUCGUCAUUGCCGGCUUCAGCAUCGCUUUCGCCUAUAAUUGGCUUCUCACGCUUACGACAAGUUCCGGAUUGGUCUUUAUCGCCAUCGUCUACGCCAUCACUACACCGCCAAUCAUCAAGAGGUUGAAGGAUGUCCAGGACAUGGAUAUUCAGGCCGCGUCUGUCGCCACCGAGGCGUUUAGUUCAAUCCGAAUGCUCGCUGCGUGCGGCGCUGAGUUUAAGCUGCUUGCAAAAUACGGACUUUUGGCUGAUCAAUCGAGAAAAAGGGGUGCCGGUAUGGCUUGGCUCAUUGCGAUUCAGCAAGGACUAAUUUUCUUCGCCAUUUAUGCGACCUUUGCCCUAUCAUUCUGGUACGCUUUCCAGAUGUACACCAUGAUGGCAUUGACAACUCCCACAUCCUUGAUCGUCGUUCUCCUCUGCAUCAUGAUGAUGGCAUCCUCCCUGGGUCAGAUUACCGCGCCUCUGCAAUCCGCAUCUCAAGCAGCCGACGCCAACGCCAUCUUCCACACCAUCAUCGAUGCCCCGAAGGCCACGUACGGAACGCUCAAGGCGCCCGAGGUCUCGGCCGCCGAAGAUAUUGUGUUCCAGGCUGUCAACUUUGUGUACCCCAAGCGCCCGGACGUGAAAAUUUUGGACAACCUCUGUCUAAAGUUCCCUGCCGGCAAAGUCACUGCCAUCGUGGGCCCCUCGGGUUCCGGAAAGAGUACGAUUGUCGGAAUCCUGGAGAGAUGGUACGAGUUCAAUGGCGAUAUGCAAACCAACCAGCUGGUCCUCUGGCUUCGCAACGGUAUAAUCAGUGUCGGCGGUCGGCUACUGAGCGAAAUUGAUCCAAAGUGGUGGCGUAGCCAAAUCGGCUUGGUUCAACAAGACAACGCCCUCUUCAACACGACCAUCUUCCAGAAUGUCGAGUACGGUCUCAUCGGCACUGAAUGGGAGCACAAGUCUCAGGCGGUCAAGGCAAGAUUGAUUGAAGAGGCGUGCAAGGAUGCUUUUGCCGAUGAAUUCAUCUCCCGCCUGCCAGAGGGAUACCAAACGGAAGUGGGCGAUGCCGGCAUCAAGCUCAGUGGCGGCCAGCGCCAGCGUCUCGCAAUCGCCCGCGCCAUCGUCAAGCAGCCCAAGAUUUUGAUUCUCGACGAGGCCACCUCUGCCAUCGAUGUCCGCAGCGAACAGAUUGUGCAAGCCGCUCUCGACCGCGCAUGCAAGGGACGCACUACCAUCAUCAUUGCUCAUCGUCUCGGAACCAUCAAGAAGGCCGACAACAUUAUUCUUCUCCGCAAGGGCCAGGUUGUCCAGCAGGGUACGCACGAAGAGCUCAUGGCCCAGGUCGACGGACCCUACCACCUGCUGGCUACGGCACAGAAGCUGGACAUGGGUGUUGAAGAGGAGGAGGACGUCCUAUUCGGUGACCUCAGCUGGAGACGGCCCGAGCCCGAGCGUCUGUCUGUUCACAGGUCGCUUCAGGGAGGUAGCAGUACUGGAGACCUCACUGAGAAGAGGCCCAGUAGCGAGGGCACUUCCACGGGUAUGCUCCAGCAUCUUCACGAGAUCAAUGGUUCCGACGAGGAACUCGAGCGCAUUGAGGCUGGUAGCUUGAGAGUGAUCAAGGAGCCUCGAGGCUGCCUCGGUCGAUGGAGGGCAUUCCACAUGUUUGGCAGCUUCGGUCAGUUGCUUGGCGAGCAGAGGAAGCGUUGGAAGACGUAUAUCAUCAUUGCCUUCGCGGCACUUGGUGCUGGAGCGAGCACUCCUGUUCAAGCUUACCUGUUUGCGGUCUUGGUCUCUCUCUUCUCGUAUUGGGGCAACUUCCUGAGGGUCAUUGCCAAUCAUUGGUGUGAGAUGUUCAUGUACCUCGCUACAGGUGUUGGCGUCAGUCAUUUCCUUCUUGGCUGGGCUACAACCACGAUUGGCUUCGGUAUCGUCCGCGUCUAUCGCAAGGAGUACUUCCGCAACAUCAUUUACAAGCCUUCCUCAUUCUUCGAUGCCGAGGGCAACUCGGCCGGUUCUUUGACGGCCCGCCUCGCUACCGACCCCACCAUGCUCCAACAGCUCCUAGGCACGAACAUGGCCUUCGUCCUCAUCUCGCUCUUCAACGUCAUCGGCUGCGUCGUCGUCGGUCUCGUCUUUGGCUGGAAGCUGACGCUCGUCGCGCUCGGCACGUCCAUGCCCAUCAUCGUGGCGGCCAUGUUCUACCGCGUGAGGCACGAAACCACCUUCGAGACCGCCAAUAAUGCCGUCUUUGCCGAGAGCGCCAAGUUCGCCUCGGAGAGUAUCAGCGCCAUUCGCACCGUUUCCAGUCUGACUAUGGAGGACGGAAUUUGCGACCGCUAUGAUACUUUGCUGAAUAACCACAUCAAGGAUGCUUUCCGCAACUCCCGCUUCUCCGUCAUGGUCUUCUCUUUUAGCGACAGUAUCUCGUUGCUCUGCAUGGCUUUCGUGCUUUGGUACGGUGGCAAGCUGCUCUCUGGGCACGAGUACACGCCCUUCCAGUAUAUGGUCGUCUACAUUGCGGUUGUUCAAGGCGGCAUGAGUGCCGGUCAAUGGCUCAGCUUUGGUCCCAACAUUGCCAAGGCAAAGACGGCAGCGGACCGCAUCCUGGCUCUGCGAGAGAACGAGGAUGACGAGAACCUACCACAAAAGGGCAUCAGCGAUAUCGUCCCCUACGAGGUCCACUACGAAAAGGGCGUCGAGAUCGAGUUCAAGGACGUCUGGUUCAGCUACCCCACGAGAACACUCCCCGUUCUCAAAGGCCUGGACCUGAAGAUUGAGCGAGGCCAGUUCGCCGCCAUCGUCGGCCCUUCGGGUUCUGGAAAGACGACAAUCAUCUCCCUCCUCGAACGCUUCUACACGCUCCAGGCCGGCGGCGAGAUCCUCUACAACGGCCACGACAUCAAGACGCUCGACCUCGUCAACUACCGCAAGAACAUCUCGCUCGUCUCCCAGGAGCCCAACCUGUUCACCGGUUCUAUUCGCGAAAAUAUCUUGCUCGGUAUCGAGGAUGAGGACGCCGUGUCGGACGAAGCCAUUCACGCCGCGGCGCGCGACGCCGGGAUCCACGACUUUAUUGUCUCGUUGCCCGAGGGCUACAAUACGCAGGUCGGCAACGCGGGUGUCACGCUCUCGGGAGGCCAGAAGCAGCGCGUCUCCAUUGCGAGAGCGCUCAUCCGUCGGCCUUCGCUGUUGUUGCUCGACGAGGCGACGAGCGCGCUCGACAGCGAGACAGAGCGCGGCGUCCAGGCCGUGUUUGAUGCCACCAAGGGCAGCCGUACGAUGAUCAUGGUCGCUCAUAGGCUGGCGACCGUGCAGAAUGCCGACAUCAUCUUCGUCAUGGCGGACGGUAAGGUGGUUGAGCGGGGUGAUCACGCGAGUCUGAUUGCCGAGAAGGGCAUUUACUUCCAGAUGUGUCAAUCGCAAGCAUUGGAUAAGUAA